AUGGCCGAGCUAGUCGGCGUCGUUUCUAGCGCUAUCACAUUCGCGACACUUGCAGUUCAAGUUGGCAAAUCCGUUCAGACACUCAAAGGCUACUGGGAUUCGAUGCGAGAUGCGCCCCAUGAUCUCAAGUGGCUAUUGCGUGAGGUUGAAAUGUUCGGUUUAAUAAUGGCCGAUGUUGAGGCGGACGUAUCACAAAACCCAGUCCCGUUAGCUCUGACCAACAGUCAGCAUGUUUCGCAAAGCUUGCUGUUCUGUAAAGAGGCCGUGGAACGAUUAGAUGCACUUUUCCGACUACUUACGCUAUCCCAGCAAUGCUAUGCCCGGUCGCUUUUGCGGGUUCAACCCGACUUAAUUGCUGAAGCAAUCAAGCAUCUGGAGGUAGUUACCUCUAAGACAGCUGCUUCGAACUUUAGUGCAGCACCCCAUGGUGAGACCUUGAUUCUGGCUGAGAAGUUGGUGGGAGUGUCAAAAUUGGGAAACGAUCUAGCUCGCACCCGCAAUGGCAGCUGCAUUUGGCUUCUUCGCGCCCCGUAUUGGAUGACAUCUCGAGUUUCGGAGGUAUCGGGCAUGGAAACCUCCUUCGGGUGGGACUGGAGCCUUCGAACAUACAACGAGGUCCGUUGGAGUUCGGAAUUUCACUAUUAUUUUACGCAAGGGACGGUUAAGGACCUCCAGGCUCUCUUUGCCUCUGGCCGCCUCUCACCUCUUUUCCGCUCGCAGGGUAGCGGACGAAGUCUACUUCAUUAUGCGAUCUGCACAGACAGAAAGGAGGAUGUUGUUGAAUUUCUCCUGGAUCAAGGAGUGGACCCAACAAUUGAAGGUGGAUUUUGCACCUUGAAGACGCCUCUUCGACUUCUCUUAGAGAUUGGGAAAAGGGCGGCAUCUAAUAAAUUAUACCCGCUUUUACCAGUCUUACGUCCGCUACUUCGUCAUUCCCAAGAUCUGGUCUACGAUAAUGCCCAGGAAACAGUCGAAGGGAUCUUAUCGGAGUUCCAUGGCACGUCUGAAGAAUUCAUGUUUUGCAACAACACUGCUGUCCCACGUUUUAUCAAAUGCCACGGUGGGCCCGAAUAA